UGCAUCAGAAAGUGCCCCGUUGCAUCUUGGGAUAAAGAAGGUGCUAGUAAUACGUACUGUUAGUCCUUCACUGUGAGAUGACGGUUUUUUUCUCCACAAUUUUGCAGACAUUCCUGUAAACAAUAAUAGUGGGUAUCUGAACGUUCAGCGUACACAUUACGAAGUUACGUGACUGAAACGUCCGUAAAGAAAAUGGGAGCUGACAAAAGGAUUGGCCGUACAGAACGUAGCGGCAGAUACGGGUCAGAACAGUCCCGCGAUGAGUCCGACUGGCGCGACAGACGUGAGCGAGACCAGGAUCGCGAUCACAACAUGCGCCGCUGGAGCGAAGAGAGGCGCUUUGAACGUUAUGAAGGAGACCGCAGAGGCACGAGGGACAGUCCAGAGCAAAGAGAAAGAAAACGUCGCAACAGCGAUAGAUCAGAGGAUGGCUAUCACUCCGAUGGUGAUUAUCCAGAUCAGGACUACAGAAGAGAACCAGGAGAGGACAAGAAGAGCAAGACCAUCAUGUUGGGAGGUCUCGCUCCUCAUGUGACUGAAGAGGAUAUCCGCUUUGCCAUAGAUCAGCUCGAAGGACCGCAGCCAGUUGAUGUCAGGCUGAUGAAAAAGAGAACAGGUAUAAGCCGUGGUUUCGCCUUCGUGGACUUUUAUCUCUUGCAAGAUGCUACCAGAUGGAUGGAGACCAAUCAGAAACGUCUGGUCAUCCAAGGGAAAGUGGUCGACAUGCAUUACAGUCACCCUAGAAACAAAUAUGAAGACUGGCUGUGCAGCACGUGUGGCUUGUACAAUUUCCGGAGGCGGCUGAAGUGCUUCAGGUGUGGCGCGGCCAAAUCUGAAAGUGAAGUGGCCAAUAACACGGCAGUGUCUGAAACCCAACCUAGUGGGGAUUUCUAUGGAGACACCAUUAUCCUGAGAAAUAUUGCUCCUCUGACCUCGGUGGAAGCCAUCCUGACAGCGUUAGCCCCGUAUGCUAAUCUGUCAACCAGCAACAUUCGCCUCAUCAAAGACAAGCAGACCGGCCAGAACAGAGGCUUUGCCUUCGUGCAGUUGUCGUCCCCUCUGGAGGCUUCCCAGCUGCUGACCAUCCUACAGGGGCUGCAGCCUCCUCUGAAACUAGACGGGAAAACCAUCGGGGUGGAUUUUGCAAAGAGUGCUAGAAAAGACCUGCUCCUGCCUGAUGGGAAUCGUGUCAGUGCCUUUUCUGUGGCGAGUACAGCGAUUGCUGCAGCCCAGUGGUCUUCCACUCAGCCUCAGCAGAGCUCAGACGGGAUGUCGGAGUACGCAUAUUUGCAGGAAGGCUACACUCCGAUGUCACAGGAUUACCAGACGUACUAUCACCAGGGAGCAGGAACCACCACCUCGCAGGGAAACGGACUCCUAGGAGCUGCUCCAGGAGUGAAGAUUCUUCCAGCUGCAGUUGGAGUUGUUCUAUCACAGAGUCCUCAAGUCUACCAGCCGCAUAUAAUCGCACAGCCUGCUGUGCAGGCACUACCACUCGCCCAACAGCUGGAUGUAAAACCCCAAAUACCACAUCUCCCAACCAUUGAAUCUGCAGCUGUGUCGGCUGCUGCUGCUGCUGCUGCUGCUGCUGGAAAUGCUGCCAGUACUUUACCAGCUACUGGACAGGCUGCAGAAACCAACAACUCGGUUCCUGACAUUUCCACCUAUCAGUACGACGAGUCGUCCGGAUAUUACUACGACCCUCACACGGGCCUCUACUACGACCCAAACUCACAUUAUUACUACAACGUCCAGACGCAGCAGUACCUCUACUGGGACACUGAGAAGCAGACGUACAUGCCGGCUCCCGCCAACGCCAGCACGGAACUCAACGAUAAAACGGCCGACGGCUCCGCGGCGAGCGGCAGCAAGGACGCCAAAGAGAAGAAGGAGAAGCCAAAGAGCAAAACUGCUCAGCAGAUUGCUAAAGACAUGGAGCGAUGGGCUAAAAGUCUAAACAAGCAGAAGGAGAACUUCAAGAGCAGCUUCCAGCCCAUCAGUCAAGAGGAGAGGAAGGAGGCGGCUGCUGCUGAUGCUGGAUACACACUGUUUGAGAAGAAGCAGGUGGGGCUCGACCGACUCAUCCAAGAGGCAUCGAGGAUGACUGAAGAGGAGGCCCCCACGAGCCUCGCCGGGGGCUCUAAGUGCGGCCUCGUGGCAGCUUACACCGGAGACAGCGACCCUGAAGAGGGAGGAGCCGACCCCGAUGGGGAGGGAGGCCAGGACAAGCUCACAGACUGGAAGAAGUUGGCUUGUUUGCUCUGCAGGAGGCAGUUUCCAAAUAAAGAGAGUUUAGUUCGACAUCAGCAGCUCUCUGACCUUCACAAGAAAAACUUGGAAGUUCUUCGCAGAUCCAAGAUGAGUGAAGCAGAGCUGGAAGAGUUGGAGCGAAAAGAGUCUGAGCAAAAGUACAGAGACCGAGCAGCAGAGAGGAGAGAGAAAUACGGCAUCCCAGAACCUCCAGUGGCUAAAAAGAAGAAAUUCAAUCAGCCGGCGCCUCCUGUUAACUAUGAACAGCCCACCAAAGACGGCCUCAGCAGUGACAACAUUGGGAACAAAAUGCUGCAGGCUAUGGGCUGGAAGGAAGGAAAAGGUCUCGGGCGCAACCAGCAGGGCAUCACGGCUCCCAUCGAGGCUAAGUUAAGAACAAAAGGAGCCGGACUUGGAACUAAAGGCACCAACUACACGCUCUCUCCUUCAGACACGUACAAAGAUGCAGUUAGGAAAGCCAUGUUUGCUCGCUUCACUGAGCUGGAGUGACGGCGGUCUUUGAAGGACUGCUGUCUGCCGCACAGGAAGCUGAACGACGGCGUCGUUUCCAUGUCCAGAGAGUAGAGAUUCUGCAGACAGAGAUACCAUGUAGGUAUUAAUUUAAUUUAGACAUUGUACAUAUGCACAGUGGGUGUCCUUCCUGAUUUACAUAGUUUUUUUCCUUUUAUAUUUGAUGUAUGAUUAUAAUUUUUGUCUUGACUGUACAGUUUAUACAGAAAUCUUGUGUAAUUAAGAAAAAAAUAAAUGAUGGGAUGUGAA